AUGGAGAACCUGGGAAUCGGUGUCCUUCUCCGCGUCGCCGUCGCCCGACUUGUACAUCAGCUCAGUGACUGAAAACGGCCCGUGCUCUGGGAAACAACGUCUUAGAGGCCUGAUGCCUCCCUAUCAGAGCAUACGGGCUUGCGCAUAACCUUCUGCAUAUGGACCCAUGCCAACACAAAGAACCCCAGUGGUUGUCAUUGCCAUGCCGUCGUGCGAGUUCACUACCCUUUUUUGGUCUUGAGGCUCGGCCCGCCUUCACGAAAGGUGCCGCAGUCGUUCUACAGGCCACCCUCUAUCUCAUUCUCGCCACGGACUCCGAACCCCGCAGGGGGAGGGCCUAUAAGAGGCGCGUUGCUCAGUAUGCCUGUCGUACAACAACUCGUACCCUCUCAGUCUCCUGCCACACGACAUGCAAUAUACUCCCAACACCGUCUUGGACGUUCUUGUCCGCGAUUCACCCAAAGUCGUCGGCGCGUUCUUCGUCUUCCUCGCCAUUCGUCUGGCCUAUCGCUCCCUCACCUCGCCGACGAGAAACAUUCCUGGUCCUCCUCAGCCAGGCCUGCCCAACUGGCUCGUCGGUCACCGUGCGCUGCUAAACGAAGAAGAGCGCACCGUCACGGACGGCCUGGACAAGUGGACUUCGCAGUACGGUCAUGUAGUCCGUCUUCGCGGCCUCGCUUGGAGGGACCGCAUCAUGACCACGGACGUGCGCGCCUUGCAGCACCUCUUGGGGCGCGACGAUAUCUGGCACCGGUCGGACGAGACGCGCUGGUCCAUAUCGCGUGCCCUCGGCGACAGCAUUCUGACCGUCGAGGACCACAAACAUAGGCAGCAGCGCAGAAUUCUGAACCCCGCUUUUGCCCCUGCGCAAAUCCGUCAGCUGAUGCCUUUCUUCGCGGACCUUUCUGAGAAGCUCAAAGACCGCUGGGACCAUGCCAUCGCAGCCAACGGAGGCGAAGCAGAGCUCAACAUCCUCAACGAGCUCUCGCGGAUGACUCUGGACGUCAUCGGAAAGGCCGGCUUCGGCUACGACUUCGGCGCCCUCGACGACGACGCCGAGUCCUCCGAGCUCGCGCGCGCGUUCGCCAAGUUCUUCAGCGUGCCGCCCAAGUCCGCGCCCUUCAUCGAGCGCUUCGGGCGCAAGUGGCAGGACCUGCAGGUCGUCUUCCCCCUCUUGCGGUGGAUCCCCGCGCCCGGGUCGGGCCAGGAGCAGGCCGCGCGGGCGACGAUGGAGCGCAUCGGGCGCGGCCUGCUUGCGGAGGCGAAGGCGAACGCGGCGGCGAACGAGAUCAAGUCGGGCACGGAGGCGCGCGAUCUGCUCUCCGUGCUCGUGCGCGCGAACCUCGCGGAGUCGCAGAGGGACAGGCUGACGGAUGAGGAGGUGAUGGGGCAGGUCCCGACCUUCGUCUUCGCCGGGCACGAGACGACCGCGACCUCGACGACGUGGGCGAUCUACCAGCUCACGCUCGACCUCGGGAUCCAGUCGCGCCUCCGCGAAGAGCUCCAAACCCUCACCUUCGACGGCGCCGAGCCCACGAUGGACGAGCUCAACACGCUGCAGUACCUGGACAUGUUCACGAAGGAGGUGCUGCGCUUCUACUCCCCGGUGCCGUGGGUGACGCGCCAGGCCGUGAGGGACGACGUGGUGCCGCUGGCGAAGCCGUUCAUCGAUAUCCAUGGGAAUGUGUGCUCGGAAAUUAGGGCUCGCAAGGGCCAGGAAUUCAUGCUGCCGAUACAUAGCAUGCAUCGGUCGAAGGAAAUCUGGGGCGAGGACGCCGAUGUGUUCAAGCCGGAGCGCUGGGCGCCCGAGUCCUCCGCCGCGAUGCUGAAAAACAUCCCGGCCAUAUUCCUCAGCCACGUCUUCACCUUCCUCGGCGGCUCGCACGCGUGCAUCGGGUGGAGGUUCUCCGUCGUAGAGAUGAAGGCCAUCCUUUUCACCCUCGUCCGCACGUUCGAGUUCCGGCUUGCGGUCAAGGAGGAGGACAUCCAGUCUCAUCAUGUUGCUGUGAUCCGUCCAGCGCUCAAGGGUGAUGCGAAGGCCGUCGGUAAUCUUCCGGUGUUGGUCAAGCGCGUGGCUUGAGCAAUGGGCGGAAUUUGCUGGCGAGCGAAUGGAGUUGUGAAUGACGUAGCUUUGGACAGGAAAUAGUCGAUGAAUGCUCCAUAUGUAAUGCGAAUCUCAGUGUAGGCUCAAGUCUUGUGUACGACGUCGUGAACGGUAGAUCUUGAACGAACGCUUGCUUCCA